AUGGGGCUGCUGACAGGGGAGAGCCUGGCAUCCUUGGCCGUGGCUGUGGCCAUCUUCCUGCUGCUGGUGGACCUGAUGCACAGGCGCUCACGCUGGGCUGCCCGCUACCCGCCAGGCCCCAUGCCUCUGCCAGUGGUGGGCAACAUGCUGCAGGUGAAUGUCAAGAAUAUGCCGUCCAACUUAGGCCAGCUGCGGCGCCGCUUCGGGAACGUGUUCAGCCUGCAGCUGGCCUGGACGCCCGUGGUCGUGAUCAAUGGCCUGGAGGCCGUGCGUGAGGCGCUGGUGGUCCGCGGCGAGGACACGUCUGACCGCCCACCUUCACCAGUGGAGGAGUACCUGGGUUUCGGGCCGCGCUCACAAGGCAAGUCCCUGGCGCGCUAUGGACCCGCGUGGCGCGAGCAGAGGCGCUUCUCCGUGUCCACCAUGCGCAACUUCGGUCUGGGCAAGAAGUCACUGGAGCAGUGGGUGACCGAGGAGGCCUCCUACCUCUGCGCUGUCUUCUCUGCCCAGAACGGACGCCCUUUGAACCCCAAAGCCCACCUGAACAAAGCGGUGAGCAACGUGAUCUCCUGCCUCACGUAUGGGCGCCGCUUCGAGUACGACGACCCCACCUUCCUCAAGAUCUUGGAGAUGGUGGAGAAAGCCCUGAAGGGUCCCGGCUUCCUGCAUGAGGUGCUGAACCUGGCUCCCGUUCUGCUACGUAUCCCGGGCCUGGCCGACAAGGUCUUCUCAGGACCGAAGGCCUUCAUGGACCUGUUGGAUGGGCUGAUAACAGAACACAGGGAGACCCGGGACCCCACCCAGCCACCCCGGGACCUGACUGAUGCCUUCCUGGAUGAGGUGGAGAAGGCCAAGGGGAACCUUCAUAGCAGCUUCAACAAGGAGAACCUGCGCCUGGUGGUGUCCGACUUGUUCUUCGCAGGGACAGUGACCACAUCAACCACACUGUUCUGGGCCCUCCUGCUUAUGCUCCUGCACCCGGACGUACAGCGCCGUGUGCAGGAGGAGAUCGACGAGGUGAUAGGGCAGGGCCGGCCUCCUGAGAUGGCUGACCAGGCCCACAUGCCCUACACCACCGCUGUCAUCCACGAGGUGCAGCGCUUUGGGGACCUAGUGCCACUGAGUGUGCCUCACAUGACGUCCUGUGACACUGAAGUGCAAGGCUUCCUCAUCCCCAAGGGGACAAUGCUCUUCAUCAACCUGUCAUCAGUGCUGAAGGACGAGACCGUCUGGAAGAAGCCCUUCCGCUUCCACCCAGAACACUUCCUGGAUGAUCAAGGCCGCUUCGUGAAGCACGAGGCCUUCAUGCCGUUCUCAGCAGGCCGCCGCUCCUGCCUCGGGGAGCCCCUGGCUCGCAUGGAGCUCUUCCUCUUCUUCACCUGCCUCCUACAGCGCUUCAGCUUCUCCGUGCCCCCCGGACAGCCUCAACCCAGUGACCAUGCCAUCUAUAACAUGCUGGCAGCUCCAGCCCCCUACCAGCUGUGUGCUGUGCCCCGCUAG